AUGGUAAUGAUGCGCUACGUGCUGUGUAUCCUCGCUCUCCUGCUCUCAUGUGCGUGUGUGCACGUCCUCGCUGAAGAAGUGCCUGCCGCCGAUCUUUCCGACCAAGUCCCUGAUACGGAGAGUGAGACAAAGAUUACUUGUCCUGAAGGUGGUGCUGAAGGUCCUGUACUUCCUGAAGGUACUACUGAAUGUCCUCAUAAAAAGCCCGAGGUUCCUCCUCCAAAAGUACCUGAAGUACCAAAAGAAGUGGUUCCUGAGAAAAAAGUACCGCUUGUUCCUCCCAAAAAACCUGAAGUUCCUCCUGUUACUGUACCUGAGGCUCCAAAAGAAGUGGUUCCUGAGAAAAAAGUACCUGUUAUUGAUGAUGGCAAUUGCCCUGAAGGUACUCCACGUCGUGAAGAUAAGAAAUGUCCUCAAAAGAAAGAAGUUCUUCUUGAAAAAGUACGUGAAGAUGAAGGUCAACGUGGAGAUAAUGGUGUUUCUGGUCCUCGUGACGGAACUGCUGAAACGGGUGACGCAGGUGUUCAUGGUCAAGUGGGUGGGACCGGCUCUUCCGGUUCUUCUGCUGGUGCUUCUGGUAAUGAUGUUAUUCCAGCACCUACUGAACCUACUGGACCUAGGGCAGAUCCCACUGAAGCUGAUCCUGCGGGUGAAGUGCAAACUGAAGGUGACGGCAACAAUACAGGAGGUGAAACUGCUGAUAUCCAAGGAAAUGGAGCACCACAAACUUCUUCUUCUCCCAACAAUACAACAACGGGGAGUGCCGGAACUGCUGAUACUGAAACUACCCGUACAGAGAACGGAACUCUAUCUUCGGACAGUAAAUCAUCAAAUACCCAAGAAGGUGUUGAAGGAAAUACACAUACAACCACCACAACGACAACACUUCCUCCUGAACUCACAAACAACAAGAAGGGUGAUGCAGACAGCAGCAGCAGUAUCAGCAGUUCUGUGUGGGUGCGU